AUGCUGCAGAACUACAAGCAGCUGUCCAAGAUGCGACUCAGCCUGCUGGUGGUGUCGACUGCGGCGGCGGGCUAUGCGGCGGGCAGCAAGGAGCGCAUCGACUGGGCGGGGCUGGGCUGGACCUGCCUGGGCACCAUGAUGGCCUCCUCCUCAGCCAACGCCCUCAACCAGGUGUAUGAGCGGGUGAACGACGGCCUGAUGAAGCGCACCAUGAACAGGCCGCUGCCCACGGGCAGGAUGAGCGUGCGGCAUGCGCUGGCCUUUGCGGCACUGGCGGGCGCCGGCGGCGUGUGGCUGCUAGCUGACAAGACCAACCUGACCACCGCAGCGCUGGGGGCGGCCAACAUCGCGCUGUACGCAGGCGUGUACACUCCUCUGAAGCAGAUCAGCAUCGCCAACACCUGGGUGGGGGCCAUCGUGGGCGCGGUGCCGCCCCUCAUGGGCUGGGCGGCAGCCACUGGCGGGCUGGAUGCCGGUGCAGCCAUCCUUGGCGCCGGGCUCUACUUCUGGCAGAUGCCUCACUUCAUGGCGCUGGCCUGGAUGUGCAAGGCGGACUAUGCAGCUGGCGGCUACCGCAUGCUGUCGCUGAUUGAUGCCACGGGGCGGCGCACCGCAGCAUGCGCGCUGCGCAACUGCAUCUACCUCUUCCCGCUUGGGGCCCUGGCCACCUGGCUGGGCAUCACCUCUCCCUACUUUGCCUACGAGUCAGCCUUCAUCACUGGCGGCAUGAUGCUGACGGCGGCCAAGUUUUACGGCUCCCCCAGCAACGCCAACGCCCGCCUGCUCUUCCGCGCCUCCCUGCUGCACCUGCCCCUCUUCAUGGCCGCCUUCCUGCUGCACCGCGUGCCCAACACAAACGAAGACAAGGCGGGGCUGCUGAUGCUCAAUGCACGGCGCCUGGGCCUGGGGCAGCCGCUGGGCCCGGAGGACCUGCAGCGCUCCUCGCCAGCUGGCCCGGCCGACAGUUUGCAGCGGCAGGAGGCGGAGGAUGACGACGAAUCGCUGGGGCAGCAGACGAUUGCCGGGCUGGCGCGUGUGCGCCUGUCCUUCCUGCCGCUGCCCUUUGUGGGGGUCCUUCCUGCAGUUCAGCUGAGCUGCCCCUCCAAGGCGAGCUGCGAGGAGGCAGGUGGGGAAGCAGAGGGGCAGCAGCAGCAGCAGGAUGGAGAUGGGAAGGGGGCAAAGGCAGCUGGCAAAGAAUGA